AUGAGUGAAGAACCCAGAGUGAAGACAGACCAGAGUCUGAUUCAGGGUAAGAAAUCAGAUUCACCAGAGUCCUACUGUGGGUCCAAGAUCAGGAACCAGUGUGGACCAGCAAGCAUCAGACGAAGAGACUGCUGCUCCAAACAAAGCAUGAGGAGACCAGACUCCCCCGAGUCCUGCUGUGAGUCCAUGAGGAGCGACCAGUCAAGAGAAAUCGGGAUGAACUUCAGAAGCGGAAGCAGAGACUGUAGUUCUGAUCUGAGCAUGAGGAGACCAGACUCCCCCGAGCCCUGCUGUGUCUCCAUAAAGAGCGACCAGUCAAGAGAAAUCGGGACGAACUUCAGAAUCCCAGUCUGUAGUUCUGAUCCGAGAGACCCAAUGGGACCAAAGUCAAGCAGCACCUGCAGGGAUGAACUGGAGUCCGUAUUUAAGGAACUCGAGGAGAAGGCCGUCGCUGUGUUGAAGAACGAGCUGACCAAGUUCAAGGACUUACUGAGUCCAGAGUGUCCAGCAUCCACUGAGAGUGGAGAGGUGGAGAGUGAUGAGGUUCAGAAAAGAGAGGGGGCGCUGAAGAUCACGCUGGCUAUCCUGAAGAGCAUGAACAUGAUGGACCUCGCCAACAUGCUACGCACCAAGCUGGUUUCUGUGUAUCAAGACAAAAUCAAAUCCAGACUGACUGAGAAAUAUAAAAGAAUUAAUGAAGGAAUCUCCCAGCACGGAUGCUCAGCACUUCUAACUGAGAUCUACACGGAGCUCUACAUCACAGAAGGUUGGACCGGAGACGUCAAUAAAGAACACGAGAUCAGACAGAUCGAGACCACGUCCAGGAGACCAGUGAUGCAGGAGAAACCCAUCAAAUGCAGCGAGCUCUUUACAGACACGUCCAUCAGAACCGUCCUGACUAAAGGAGUCGCUGGAAUCGGAAAAACAGUCUCGGUGCAGAAGUUCAUUCUGGACUGGGCUGAAGGAAAAGCCAAUCAGGACGUUCUCUUCAUGGUUCCACUUCCUUUCAGAGAGCUGAACCUGAUGGAGGAGAAACAUCUCAGUCUGAUGAACCUUCUGCAUCGAUUUUUCCCAGAACUGAAAGAAGUAAACGUGCUGCACUGUGAUGCCUACAAGGUCGUGUUCAUCUUUGAUGGUCUGGAUGAGUGUCGACUUCCUCUAAACUUCCAGAACAAUGAGAUCUUAACGGAUAUUAAGGAACCAGCCUUGGUAGAUGUUCUGCUAACAAACCUCAUCAAGGGGAACCUGCUUCCUUCUGCUCAUCUCUGGAUCACCACUCGACCAGCAGCAGCCAAUCAGAUCCCUCCUGAGUGUGUAGACCAGGUAACAGAGGUACGAGGGUUUAACGACCCUCAGAAAGAGGAGUACUUCAGGAAGAAGAUCAGUGAUCCGAACAUGGCCUAUAAAAUCAUCUCACACGUUAAGGCUUCAAGAAGCCUCCACAUCAUGUGUCACAUUCCAGUCUUCUGCUGCAUUUCAGCCACGGUUCUAGAGAGAAUGCUGGGUGAAGCAGAAGGUGGUGAGAUCCCCAAAACUCUGACUCAAAUGUUCACCCACUUCCUGAUCUUUCAACUCAAACACAAGAACCAAAAGGACCAUAAACAGACUACAAAGAUGAUCCUGGCGCUGGGAAAACUGGCCUUCCAACAACUGGAAAAAGGAAACCUGAUCUUCUAUGAGGAAGACCUGAGAGAGUGUGGCAUUGAUGUAAAAGACGUAACAGGAUACUCAUGUGUCUGCACCCAGAUCUUCAGAGAGCAGUUUGGUCUUCACCUGGGGAAGGUCUUCAGCUUUGUGCACCUGAGCGUUCAGGAGUUCCUUGCUGCUCUGUACGCUCUACUUUCCUUCAUCAGUAAAAAUGAACCCAAACAGACCAGCUUUCUGUCUUUUUUGUUCAAGUCGGACAUGUCUGACUUCCUGAAGUAUGCGGUGGACAAGGCUUUGCAGAGCGUGAACGGUCACUUGGACCUUUUCCUACGCUUCCUUCUGGGUCUUUCACUGGAGUCCAAUAAGACUCUCUUACGAGACCUACUGCCACCAAGUGAAAGCAACCCAGAAAAUGUGAUCGAUUACAUUAAGAAGAAGAUCAGAGAGAAUCCUUCUCCAGAGAAGUCCAUCAACCUGUUCUACUGUCUGAAUGAACUAAACGAUGAUUCCCUAGAGCAGGAAGUCCAGACCUACCUGAACACUGAAGGUUACAAUCUCCUUAGUGGAACAAAGCUCUCUCCUGCUCAGUGGUCGGCUCUGGUGUUCAUCUUGCUGAGCUCAAAAGAUGAGCUGGAAGAGUUUGACUUUAAAAAGUAUGACAAGUCGGACGAAUGUCUCCUGAGGCUGCUGCCCGUGGUCAAGGAAUCCAGGAAAGUCAUAUUGUGUUGCUGUAAUAUUACAGAGGAUAGCUGUAGGGCUCUGUCCUCGGUUCUCAGCUCAGACUCCUCCAGGCUGAGGAACCUGGACCUCAGUCACAAUAACCUGCAGGAUUCAGGAGUGAAGCUGCUCUCGGCUGGACUGGAGAAUCCACACUGUAAACUGGAGACACUGUGGUUGUAUCAUUGUAAUCUGACAAAGGAAAGCUGUGAAGUUCUGUCCUCGGUUCUAAGUUCUGGCUCCUCCAGUCUGAGAGAGCUGAACCUUUGUGACAAUGAUCUGCAGGACUCUGGAGUGGAGCUGCUCUCUGCUGGACUGAAAAAUCCACUCUGUAAGCUGGAGAAAUUAAGACUGUGUGGUUGUUCCCUCACCAAGAAAAGCUGUAAAGUUCUGUCCUCAGUUCUUACCUCGAACCCCAAUCUGAGAAAGCUGAACUUAAGCGACAAUAACUUGGAGGACUCAGGGGUGAAGCUGCUCUCUACUGGACUGGAGAGUCCAGACUGUAAACUAGAGAUACUGAGGCUGUGCAGUUGUAAUCUCUCGGAGGAAAGCUGUGCAGCUCUGUCCUCAGUCCUUGGCUCAAAGUCCUCCAGUCUGAAGGAACUGGACUUGAGUGGAAAUCAGCUGCAGGACUCGGGAGCAAAGCUGCUCUCUGGGGGUCUGGAGAGCCCACAGUGUGAACUGGAGAUACUCAGGUUGUGUAGCUGCAGUGUUACAGAUGAAGGCUGUGCUGCUGUGGUUUCAGCUGUAAGAUCCAAUCCGUCGUCACACCUAAACAAACUGGAUCUGAACGGCAAUAAACCCGGAGAAUCUGGAGAGAAGCUGCUGUCCGAUCUUCUGAAGGAUCCAGACUGUAACCUGGAGAAAGUGGUGUUGUGUAGCUGCAGUGUUACAGAUGAAGGCUGUGCUGCUGUGGUUUCAGCUGUAAGAUCCAAUCCGUCACACAUCAGAGAGCUGAACCUGAACUGGAAUCAACCAGGAGAUUCAGGAGUGAAGAAACUUCAAGAUCUACUGAAGGAUCCAAACUGUAAACUGGAGAAACUAGAGUUGGCUGACUGCAGGAUUACAGCUGCAGGUUUUACUGAUCUGGUUUCAGCUCUGAUAUUAAAUCCAUCAUCACACCUGAGAGAGCUGAACCUGAACUGGAAUCAACCAGGAGAUUCAGGAGUGAAGAAACUUCAACAUCUACUGAAGGAUCCAAACUGUAAACUGGAGAAACUAGAGUUGGAGGGAUGCAGGAUUACAGCUGCAGGUUUUACUGAUCUGGUUUCAGCUCUGAUAUUAAAUCCAUCAUCACACCUGAGAGAGCUGAACCUGAACUGGAAUCAACCAGGAGAUUCAGGAGUGAAGAAACUUCAAGAUCUACUGAAGGAUCCAAACUGUAAACUGGAGAAACUACAGUUGGAGGGAUGCAGUAUUACAGCUGCAGGUUUUACUGAUCUGGUUUCAGCUCUGAUAUUAAAUCCAUCAUCACACCUGAGAGAGCUGAACCUGAACUGGAAUCAACCAGGAGAUUCAGGAGUGAAGAAACUUCAACAUCUACUGAAGGAUCCAAACUGUAAACUGGAGAAACUAGAGUUGGAGGGAUGCAGGAUUACAGCUGCAGGUUUUACUGAUCUGGUUUCAGCUCUGAUAUUAAAUCCAUCAUCACACCUGAGAGAGCUGAACCUGAACUGGAAUCAACCAGGAGAUUCAGGAGUGAAGAAACUUCAAGAUCUACUGAAGGAUCCAAACUGUAAACUGGAGAAACUACAGUUGGAGGGAUGCAGGAUUACAGCUGCAGGUUUUACUGAUCUGGUUUCAGCUCUUAUAUUAAAUCCAUCAUCACACCUGAGAGAGCUGAACCUGAACUGGAAUCAACCAGGAGAUUCAGGAGUGAAGAAACUUCAAGAUCUACUGAAGGAUCCAAACUGUAAACUGGAGAAACUACAACGAUUCGGGCUUCAGCAUCGCCGCUUCCUCCUGGUGAAAGGCGCUAACGAGCCGACGAGUGUUGACAGCUGUUUUCUUGUUUGGCGUAAACCUUCAGCUCUCCCUCAGGAACUGGUUAAAAGAUGGAGAGAGGAGGACGAUGAGAAAGUAAAAAGACUGAGAGAGGAAGAUGCUGAAAAAGUGCUGGAAGUCCAAACAUCCCUAGAAAAGUCUGGUUAUAAUCGUCUACAAGGAGUCGACUUUUCUCCUGUUCAGUGGGCAGCGGUGAAGGUCGCUUUAUGUAACUCUAAAGAGGAGAUGGAAGAGUUUGACCUGAGGAAAUACAUGCAGUCAGAUGAAGGGGUUCGGAGACUGCUGCCAGUGAUUCAAUCAACGAAGAAAGCUGUGUUGUAUAAGGGUAAUCUGACAGAUAAAAGUUGUGAAGUUCUGUCCUCAGUUCUCAGUUCAGAAUCAUCCAGACUGACAGAACUGAACCUGAAUGACAAUAACCUGCAGGAUUCAGGAGUGAAGAAGCUCUGUGCUGGACUGCAGGAUCCACACUGUAACCUGGAGAUACUGAGGUUGUGUGAGGGUAAUCUGACAGAUGAAAGUUGUGAAGUUCUGUCCUCAGUUCUCAGUUCAGAAUCAUCCAGACUGACAGAACUGAUCCUGGGUUACAAUAACCUGCAGGAUUCAGGAGUGAAGAAGCUCUGUGCUGGACUGGAGAAUCCACACUGUAACCUGGAGAUACUGGGGUUGUGUGAGUGUGAUCUGACAGAUGAAAGUUGUGAAGCUCUGUCCUCAGUUCUGAGUUCAGAAUCAUCCAGACUGACAGAACUGAUCCUGAGUAACAAUAACCUGCAGGAUUCAGGAGUGAAGAAGCUCUGUGCUGGACUGAAGAAUCCACACUGUAACCUGGAGAUACUGGGUAUUACAGAUGAAGGUUUUACUGAUCUGGUUUCAGCUCUGAUAUUAAAUCCAUCAUCACACCUGAGAGAGCUGAACCUGAGCUGGAAUUAUCUAGGAGAUUCAGGAGUGAAGAAACUUCAAGAUCUACUGAAGCAUCCCAACUGUAAACUGGAGAAACUAGAGUGA